CCCUAGCGACCACUCGCUUCAAGACUCACACACGCGACGCCGAACACAUGGCAUCGAAACUCCUGUGAUUCUUUGUUAUGGAAAAACGUGUUACGAGAAUACGGGUCGACCCAAUGCCUAGUAUUCUAAAGAAACCACAGCCACAACCGAGUGAUCUUCUUGACAAAAGUAACAAACUGAAGCGGGAGAGAGCUAGAAAAAACGAUGUGAGCGUAAAACUUCCACAAGGGUGUACGCCUCUCAUGUACGCUUGCCAGCAGGCAGACUAUAAAUCAAUUGUUGACAUCCUCAAUAAAGACCCAUCAUCAGUCCGGGUCCGUGACCGCGGUCUCCGGAGCGCGCUCCAUUACUGCGCAUCGGGUGGAGCGGGAGUGACUCCGGCGGCGCGAGCGGCGUGUGCUGACCGCGUGCUGAUGGCAGCGCCGCAGCUGGCCGGCGCCCGCGAUGCUGAUGGCCUGACCCCGCUGCACCUGGCCGUGGUCCACGGGAACGUGCCGCUGGUGCAGACACUGCUGGCUGCCGGCGCUGACGUCAACGCAAAGGACGACGAGCACCACACCGUCGUUCAUUGGGCUACAGUUUGCGGAGAGGUUGGUGCUUUGAGGGCUGUACUAGCCGGAGGAGCGGAUGCAGAGACCCCCGAUCAGCACGGCGGCUACCCACUACACUACGCUGCGCAGAUGUGCGGCGCCCCUGCUGCUACCGAUCAUCAAAGUCGUGGUGCGGCUUUGGAAGUUUUACGCGUUUUAGUCAACGAAGGUCACACAAGUGUGGAUGUCAGAGAUGCUGACGGCCGUACUCCACUGUUGUGGGCUGCAUCUGCGGGUUCAGCAGCUGCUGUGUUAGCCUUAAACCAAGCCGGGGCAAAGGUGGAUGACGCGGACAGAGAUGGAUUAACUGCGCUUCAUUGCGCGGCAGCAAGAGGUCACACAGAAGCCUUGGAAACCUUAGUAGGACUUUGUGGUGCCAAGGUUGACGUAGCAGACACACACGGUUGUACACCUUUACAUUAUGCAGCAGCUCUUGGCCAUGCAGAUGCAACAUCAGCGUUGUUAGAACAUGGGGCAGAUUCACAUCGUCAAGAUCGUAGAGGUCGAAGUCCUGCACAUACCGCUGCCGCCAAGGGGCAAAUUGAAACGGUUCGGAUUCUCGGUGCAAGAGGUGCAAAUCUGUGGCUUCGAAAUUCAAAAGGAGAUUUGCCGCUACAUGAAGCUGUAACAUCAGGUCGCCGAGAACUCGUCAAAUGGUUGUUAGAUGGAAGACCUUCGCAAGUAAAUGCAACAAAUCAUGAAGGCCGAACACCAAUGCAUGUUGCGGCAGCUACUGAUAAUGCUGAUCUUUGUAGAUUAUUAUUGGACCGCGGUGCUGAGGUAAAUUCUAUUGCAAGAUCAUCAAGAAACGAACCACUAACUCCUUUAGAUUGCGCUAUAAUUCGUGGCCAUAGAUCCACCGCUAAAUAUUUACAAAUGCAUGGCGGCGUUCCUUCGUCAAAGCUUGCAAAUACUGAAAUUGUUUUUGACAGUGCGCCAAUAUCAGGACUAGCAAAACGGCGUGUAACAAGCACGAAAAUUGAUUUACAAGACAAAAUAAAAAUUGAAAAAUGUGAAAUAGUAGAGCUUUCAAGCCCUGGAAAAGUAAAACAUAGCAAAAGGUUCGAAAGCGAUGCUACUUCUGAUAGUUGCUCCCACGAUGAAAUUCGAAACCGAAAGAAAUGUAAACAAAGGAAAUCCUCUCGAACCCGCUUCAACCGAAAAAAAGACUUGGCUGAUUUUAGACAAAAAAGCUUUAGUGAUGGUUAUGACACUGACGUCGAAGGUAAUCGUAAAGAAAUACCAAAUAGAGUAAUAUCCAAAAGUCAUAAACAGAAGAAAAGUAGAUCUAGAAGUGAACCGUCAAGACGAUCAAGAUUAAGUCCAAGGCGUCGCCAUAGAUAUCGGUCAAGCUCAGAAAGUUCAUCUGAUAUUUCAAGUUACACGGAAAAAAAGAUUAAUAAACGGCACAAGAAAAGGAGUAAAAGAAGAAUAUAUGCCACCUCUCAAAGUAGUUCAGAAUCUAGUGAAAGGAGAAGUACUAAGUAUAAGGGUAAGAAAACAUCAAUACAUAUAGAAAACGAUGACUUAAAACAGAGUAUAAAUAUAGUAAAAUAUAAAAAUACUGACACCACACAAAGUGGAAAAAUGGAUGAAAAUGUGUUGAAUCAUAAAUUAUCUCAAGCAUCAAACAGUGUUGACACUGAAGUAAUAGACACUCAAAAUGUAAAAGAUAAGACUUUAAGUGAAACAGAAACCGAUACUGUUUCCGUUAAAACAAAUAUGGUAACAACCGAAGCUCAAAUUCACAUGGAGAAAGAAAACAGCCAACAUGGGAGUUCUGAACUCAUUGUUACAGUUGAUUCACAAAAUAAUGUUUCAAUAGAAGCUUCUAAUAUGAAUGUGUUACAAAUGACUGAAAAUGAUAAAUCCAAAUCUGAUACGGAACAAAUCCACAAUGAUAAUAAAGAAGCAGAAUCUGCUAACAAUACUGAAAAAGAAACCACAAAUAAUUCAAAAGAAAAUGUAGAUGAAUGUGUAAAUGAAGAAUUUACCAAUAAUGCACCACCAGCUGUACAUAUUGAUGAUUCUCAGAAAGAAACAAAUGAUAUUGAAGUUAUCCAAACAGAAAAUAAAUUAAAACCAGAUCCCGAUAAUCUGACUGAGAAUAUUAAUCCGUCAGAAUUGCGCAAAAGAUCCUUUCAAGUAAUAUCUGGUCCUAAAGAAAUAAACAAAGAAAGUCUUGAACACACAAGUUCUCUGGAGAAAAGUUCUCCUACUGUUUCUUUUUCCCACAAACAUGAAGUAAUAAAAAUAAAAGAUUUAAAUAUGUCAUCACAGGAGUCUGAAGAAAAACUAGAAAAUGUGACCCAUGAGCCUGUAGAAGAAAAUACAUCAACUCAUAAAAUAAGUCAAGACCAAUCGACAGCACGUGUUGAGACUAACCAGAGUAAAGAUAAAGGUCUUAUAUCAAUAUUAAAAGAUCAUGUCGAUUCAGAAACUUGUAAUAAAAAUAUAUCAGUAGACACAAACGAUACAAUAUCACCUGAUUUAUCUCCCCGGAUACAUAAAACAAGUAAUGAUAGUCAAAUAGGAAGUAGAAAAAGUAGUAUUUAUGAAACCGAAAGUUAUAAAGUUCUAUCCGAGACUGCUGAUGGACAUGAUUCUAGUGGGAGUAUUUUAAAGCAAACAAACUAUGAACAUGAUUAUAAUUAUGACAAUAGUCAAGAUAAUAAGAAAAUAGAAGACAUUGAGAGGCUACCACGCCAGACAUCCUAUGGCAGAAUACCUAGUGUUAGUGACAAUGAAAUAUAUUAUAGUCAAUCAGAAGCUAAUGGAAAGCGUAAGAGAUUUCGUAAAAAAAGUAGGUCAAGUAGAAGUCGCAUACAAGUCAGAUCCAAAAGCGAAAAUUCUGAAAGAGGUUAUGAAUCUAGUGGAUUUAUGGAUUCUGGAUUUGAGCCAAGUCCCAGAACCGUUCAACGCUGUGUUAGUCCUAGAGUUAAUGCUUACUAUCAACAAAGGAAAUCAGGUCGAUUGGCAUCAGGAAAUAGUAAGAUUCCGAUAAGGAAACCAGGAGAUAGAAAUGCAGUAGAUAUGACAUCAGUGACUCAAAGGAUACAGACCAAUAUAAGACGAUAUUAUUGUGAGAGAAAGAUAUUUCAACAUUUAUUAGAACUAAAGCGACUCCAGAUACGAACAAGCAAAGCAAAUGAGGCGGUUUUGGUUAAACGAGCAAUUGAUGAAUACAACAAAUCAAGCCUUGCACAAGUUGGUUUAGGUGCAUACAGCAGUAUUGACUAUUCAUUCAGCAGCUUCGAAAAAUUUCUUUACGAAAGUUUGAGAAAGUUGCAGAAGAGUGGAAAAAGGCAUUUGAGCAACUUACCGGAGAAGCCUAUAGACUUUGAUUAUGGCGAGAGUGAAUUGUAUAAAAUGAGUUCGAUUCCGGACAAUCCUUGCUUAUGUACUAGUAAAACACAUCGAUGCUUUCAUGCUGUUCAUGCUUACACUGGAAUACCUUGUUCUGCAUACAUUCCCUAUAAGUGGAAUCAUCACACCAUGCCAAAGCCUGCUACUGCAGGCCCGCAGACAAAGAGCAAGAGCUUCUUGCCCAAGAUUAAUCCAAAGCCAUCAACGAGUUCUGGAAAAGCACAUGUAACUCUGGAAGUUUCUCAUGGUUCUGAAAAGCAGUUGAUAGCUAUACCAGCUGAAAAACUUGAUAAAAACAAAAGAUAUUAUGUAACCUUUACCGUUAAGGGUUCGGAACCUCCAUCAGAUGAUAACAGCUCACCAAUUUUUCCGAAGACUGUUAGGAGUGGUUAGAAAUGGUUAGGAAUCAGAGAAGAAUUAGUAAUGAAUGAGUUUAUGAAGCUUUAUAAGGCUUAAAUGGUUAUCAAGCUCAAAGCACUGCCUGUUAUAUACUCUUGUGAUUUAUGUCCCAAUUAGAUAUAGACGAUACCGUCCUUCAAAAUAUUAUGAUUAUAUAAUAUUACAAAUAACCUAUUUUUUUCGAUGAAACUAUUUUUGUAAAAUGUUAUUAAAAUGUUGGGUUUGUCUUCCUGUUGUAGUAUACUUGUGGCACGUAG